GGGCAGGGUGGGACACAAGGGCGGGGACAGCCUCAUUCUGAGAAGAGAGGCCCCGCCUAUCCGUGUGGCUCGGGACGGCUGCGCGCGCAGUGAACGAGCGGGGCGUGCUGGAGGACCUCAUUGAUUGCAGAGUUUAUGAGUCCAGCAGCCUACGCUGACGUAGUACACCAUCCUGACGUCACCUUUCCCUGUGUGACGUGACGCAGAGCAUGACCCUUGAUCCUCUUUGUCCCUCCUGACCUGGGUGUACUGGAAGGAUGGCCUCGCCCCUUAGGAGCAAGUCCUCCGCCCCGCGAGUGGAAAGCAUCCGCCACAAGGAGACGUCAACUAUCCGCGUGGAGACAUCGUCCCACCGCGAGGAAACAUCAUCCCACCGCGUGGAGACGUCCUCCCGGCAGGUUCGAACAACUUCCCGGCAGGUGGAGACCUCUCAGCGCCACCGGGAGGGGCCCUCCCUCACCCCCUCGGCGAAGCGACUCCCUAGAUUCCUCGAGGUGUCCUCCCAGCACGUGGAAACCUCCUCGCAGUGCACGGAAACGUCUUCCAGCCACGUCAGGGCGUCGUCAUCCCAGCGGGUGGAGACGACUGUGCACCGUGUAGAGAGCCCAGCCAGGCGGGACAAGCAAGCUGCUCGCCAGAGUGCCAAAAUGGCCCGAUGAAGUGCUACCCAAGGGCCAUGGCCCUUAGCCAGGACUGAAGUGCUUUCCAGUUGCCAGCCAGCCAGCUUUCACGAGAGCCAAGCAUCUUUGGCUUCAUUUGAACGCAGCCCAUAAAUCAAUGUAAGAAACAGGCUGUGGUUUCUGGGCGCUGCCAACAUGUAUUGACAUUGCAGCAGCACCUUAGACCACCGUGCUAUUGGCCCAGUGUUCUGUUUAACCUGAAGCCAGCACAGAGGAGUUUCAGACUUGUGGUACUGUAUAUGCCUGGCCGAUGGACAAAGAGGCCCUUUGAGUCUCUGCACCAGUAGUAUCUGGAAGACUGGCUGAAUGUGACCUGGAAAAGCCAGACACCUGGCUUCUGGAUCAUUGAUGCUUCUGGAAGGGCACAGGAUCCUGGUAGAUUCUCUGUUGUCCAUCUCUUAAAAUAAAUUUUUAUCUAGGUUUCUUCCUCCACAUUUCACUUCUUUGUGUUUCAAAACUAGAAUAGAAAGAGAGAUACAAAGUAUCAAAAAAGUGAUAGAUAUGAUAAAACCCAUAUUUGCCAUAAUACUAUAUUAUACAUUCCACAGCUUCAAAAUGACAGUGUGUGUUGUCAAUGUACCUGUUGUACUUUGUAAAUGUCCGUUAAUGUUAGCCACACUGUGUGUCAUCCUCACGUUGUUCUCUGUAGGAAAUAGUGCUGCUGUACCUGGCUCAUGUCAUACAAUGUUCCAGACAAUAUGUGCAAUAAUAAUGAAUGGAGAGCAGUAUUCUCCAUUUUCAGUCAAGAAAGCCUUUGAUGGCACAGUCUAAUAAUGGAGUUUAUUAUGUGAGGUAAUAGUUGUAUACAACUAACCUUCAGUUGUACCAGCCAGGUUAGUGUGAAAAACUAAAUAAAUGCAAAUUCUUGAAAGGAGUCACUUCUUAGUCUCAUAAUCUUUUUUAUAUAUAUAUUAUCGGAGGGUGGUUUACAAUAUUUACUGCCUAUUGUAUUGAAAAGAAAUGACUGGGUGUUGUGGUGCUCACCCAUAAUCCCAGGACUAGGAGAGGCUGAUGCAGGAGGGUUGCCAUGAGUUCCAGGCUAGCUAGGGCUACAUAAUAAUAAGUACCAGACCAGUCAAAGCUACUAAGCAAGAUCCUAGCUCAAAAAAAUAAAACAAAGAAAAAAGAAAAAGGAAGGGGAGCCCAGUAAGAUGGCUUGGAGCAUAAAGGUGCCUGCCACCAAGCCUGAGAACCUGAGUUUGAUUCCAGGGACC